AUGGAAGCUUACGGCAGCCUGGAGUGCGUCCCCGCGUCCCCGGCACCUGUAGUUCAGCCUCCGGAACCAGAGAGCUGGGAGGUUUCGGGAGCAGCUCAGGAACCUCCCAACUCUGAAGCGUCGUCAUGCAGGGCAGCAAGGGGGCCCGCUGAAGGGAGGGGGACGGCAUCUCACUUUGGCGUUCCCCAGAGCAAUGGCCAGCAAGGGCCCUGGGCCCCAUCUUCCUGCGAGACUGCCGAUUCAAAGCCCCCCAAGCCGGUGCUGCCCCCAGGCCCUCCUGACCGCUCUGUCUCCAGCGCCUCUACCUGCUCCUCUCUGGCUGGAUCUUCGCAGGAGUCUGAUGAGGUUUUCAGCGACUUAGAAGAGAAGAGUCCCAGCAAGAAACGGGUGCUACGGAAGACCAAGUCCUGGAAGACGUUUUUCACAAUGGUGCACUGGUCCUUGCGGAGACGCAGCUCCUGGGUACAGUUGGCUGGCCACGAAGGAAACUUCAAGGCCAGUGAAAAAGGUCAGAUCCUGAAGAAGUUCAGUCCCGUGGAAAACGCCUGCCUGGUGGAGCUGAUGGACGACGUCCUGCAUCCCUUUGUGCCCACAUACCAUGGAGUGGUGGAGACCAACGGGGAGUGCUACAUCCAGAUGGACGACCUCCUGUGGGGCCUUGACAUGCCCAGCAUCAUGGACUGCAAAAUGGGGACCAGGACCUACCUGGAGGAGGAGGUGAGCAAAGCUGGGCAAAGCCCGGUGGCACGGCAGGACCUGUACCAGAAGAUGGUGAAGGUCGACCCGCUUGCCCCUACAGCCCAAGAGCACAGCCAGGCUGCCGUCACCAAGCCACGGUACAUGCAAUGGCGCGAAAGUAUUAGUUCCAGUGCUUCUCUUGGAUUCCGUAUCGAGGGUGCUACGAUUGAAGGGGGAGCCGUGCAGAGGGAUUUCAAGCAGACUCGGACAAAGGAGCAGAUUGUGGAGACCUUUUUGAUCUUCACCAGGAGCCGCCUGGAUGUGCUGGGCACGUACCUCGCUCGCCUGGAGAGUCUGCGCCAGGCCCUGAAGGAUUCCAUCUUUUUCAAGACCCACGAGGUGAUCGGCAGCUCCCUGCUUUUCCUCCAUGACCGGAAGGGCCAGGCCAGCGUUUGGAUGAUUGACUUUGGCAAGACACGCCCCACCCCCGCAAACAUCCACCUGAGCCACAACGUGACCUGGACCCAGGGAAACCACGAGGACGGCUACCUGCUCGGCUUGCAGCACCUGAUCGACACCAUGCAGGCCACCUUGGACAGGGCCCAGAAGCACCAAGAAGAGGCCGCCUCUGCCCACUCUUGAG